AUAAGCUCUACAGGAGAGAUUCCAAUGAAAACAACAACAGCAAUAUCUGUUGAGGAAAAAGUUCAAGUGCGUAUGGGAAAAAAUUCAAAUAACAAAUCAUCAUGCAAUUCUGGCAAUUUUGAAUGUACAGCUGUUAAAAAUGUGUCCGAAACUCAUUUAUCAAGAGAAGCUGGUUUGUAUGGAGAAACAGAGAAAGUGAAACUGAUGGAAAAGUCAUCUAGAUUAACUACUGCUGCUAGAAAAUCCCUUCAAAUGAUAGAUUCAUGUAUGAAAAGUUCAGAAAGUCCAUUAGAUACAAAGGUCAAUGAGAUGCCAAACAAUAAUGACCUUAAAUCAACGGAAGACUUUGACACUGCCAGCCGGAGACAACACUGUUUCGAUGACUCGAGUGUAGAAAAAGGGAUCUUAUUAUUCACUGAGAAAGAUGAGGAAAUGGACGAUAUGUCAAGUGAAAGGAUGAAUGGAAAAAUUGAUAUGAACAGCAGAGAUGGAAAAAGGCAUAAAAAUACUGAUUCUGAUUCAAAAAGAAGUGGUUUACUGGAAAAAGACAUAUGUCAAGGAAUUGAGGGUGUCAAUUUCAAUAGGAUUGAUGAAAUGACUGGUGUCAAAACUGGAAAGAAACACAAACUUAGUAGUUCAGUUCUGAUGAAUCCAAUGCCAUGUAUUGGUGACUCUGACAAGGUUGAAACUGAUACACCAGUGGGGACAUUGGGUGGAAGCUUGAGAAAUACUGCUAAAUUAGCAGGUGUCUGCAGCGCUAGUGGGUUUGGAGGAUUCAGUACGGCUGGAGGGACAAAACUCACAGUUAGCAAUACAAGUUUGAAAAAAGCUAUGUCACUAGUUUCAGAUGUUGAUGUGGAUGUUGGAGAUUUGAGGACAGUUAGUGAACCUGAUAACAGCAUUGCUGUUAUGUCAACUGCAAGCAAAUCAGCAGUAUUCAGCACUGCUGGUGAAUCCGGGGGAUUCAGCACUGCAGGAGGGAAGAAACUAAAAGUUAGUGACACAAGUUUGAAAAAAGCAAUGUCUAUAAUUGCAACUGUGGACGAUGACACCAUUAAUACUUCAGACGGAGCGGCUGGACAUAGUGAAUCAAAAUUUAGCACUGAUGGUGGAUCAGUAGGGAAUAAAUCUACAGAAACCAGCACAGAAGAUUGGUUAGGAGGUUUUAACAAUGUGGAUGGGUUAGGAGGAUUCAGCACUGCUGGUGGCAAGAAACUAAAACUAUCUGAAAACAGUAUGAGAAAAGCAAUGUCUAUUAUAUCAGAGGUAGAGGAUACAGAGAACAGAUCCUUGUAUGAUCAGUGUGAAAAGUCCUCUGACAGUGCUUCAGUUGGAUUCCAAACUGCCGGGGGUAAACUACUACAAAUCAGUGAAGCUGGUAUCAAUAAAGGCAUGUCUGUGAUGAGUGAAAUCGAUGGAGAAGUGUUGAAUGAGCCAGUCUCAUUUGAUAAAAACAGUGAAUCAGUGAAAUACCAAAAAGGGAGAGGAAAUCCUGUUAAUGCUAAAGUUGGGGACAUUACAGAUAUCCUGAAUUUAUCGAAAAGGUCUGAAUCAAGGACAAUCAAGGACAAAGGUUUCCAAACAAACACCAGUAGGAAAAGUUCCUCACGAUUUCCCCCAGGGGCUAACAUUCCAAAGGGGUUCAGGCCAUUUAAACCUCCGAAAAUUACAAAGAAGCCAGAAGUCGAGAAAAUCAGUGACAAGCAGUGUAUGGAGAAAAUAACCAAAGUACCAGAUGGAUCUGUGAAACAAGUUAUAGAGGAGACAAAUGGCAAGCAUGUUGUGGAAGUGAUGAACGUCAUAGAAACAACACAAACUUCAAAAUAUAGUAAAAUUCCAUCAAAUUCAUUGGAUGAAUUUGAUGGUGAACUUCACGAACCUAUCUUUAAUACUGAUGAAGUUAGCAUCAAAAACAUUCCAGAAAUAUCCAAAAAGGACAGUGGUGAACUUCAAACAAUCCAAUCCGAUGCUUUUAAAGGCAGCAUUAAAGAUAUUCCAGAGGCAUCCAAGAAAGACGAUGUUGAACUUGCAGCAAUUAAAAUAAAUAUGGAUAAUAUUGAAGGUUGCAUCAACAACACUCCACAAGUAUCAAAGGGAAACAAAGUUCAGUCUAAAGGAUCCAGCUUAUCCACAGAUGUAGACAGUCACAGAGAUAAUUUGCCAGCAUUGAAGGAAGAGAAAACUGAUCAGGAUAUUGAGCGGUCAAUCAUGGACGAACUGUUCUCAGAGGAGCUUGAAUCUUCUCAGCAUUUUAGUCCAGGAUCUGGUAAAAUUUUGAGGUCACAGAAAUUUAGUAAAACACCAAGGAAACAAGACCGGAGAGGUGAUGUACUGCCCUCUGAAGAAUAUGAAGAGUUUUUAGAUAUAGAGGACAUGGUGUUUUGUGACGCGGUAGAACGUAAGUGUGAGAGUCUGGGAAACCAGACUUCUAAAACUGUCAAUGAAAAAUAUCCUGAAGAAUCUGUCAAGGUUGAAGAUAAGUCAAUGUCACCAGUCCAGCAUGAUAGACCUAUGACAUUAAAAACCCAGUCACCAGUACAACAUAAUGGUUUCUCAUUCUUUCAAAGUGCAUCAGGAAAAAACAUCAGUGUUUCUGAAGAAGCUGUUAGAAAGGCGAAACAAAAUUUGGAAGAUUGGUCUUCAAAAUCAACACAGGAACAUUCAGAACAGCAAACAGGAUAUUCAAAAUUUCAAAGUUCAUCUGGAAAAAAUGACUCAAUACCUGAUAGUAUUGUAUCAAAGGCAAAACAACCUACUGAUCACUCUAGAGCAAAAAAUAAUGAUUUAACAGAGAUUGUAGGUAAAGUUGUGGAGACAAUUGUGGAUUCUAAAAGUUUAUCAGGGAAAGAAUUUGAAGUAUCCGUUAAACCUUUGACAACACCAAACAUGGGAUCAGCUAAGAACAUACACAAAUCAUCAGCCGAGCACACAGAGUUUGGGGGAUUCCAAAGUGCCUCGGACAGAAAAGUGCAAGUGUUAGACGAAGCAUUGACAGAAGCCAGACAGGACAUAAGUGAUCAGUGUUCUAACGAUGGUGAAGAACCCCUACAUGAAAGAGCAGCAACAAUUAAAAAAGAAUGCCUUAAUCAGGAAUUAUUUCCCGAGUUUAGUGGAUUUCAAAGUGCCUCCGGGAGGAAGGUUAUUGUUUCCAAUAAUGCUUUAGUAAAAGCCAGACAGAACAUCACAGAUUGGUGUUCUGACGUUGGUGAAGAACCACUACAUGAAAAAGCAGUAUCAAUUAAAAAAGAAUGCCAACAUCAGGAACUAUUUCCUGAGUUUACUGGAUUUCAAAGUGCCUCGGGGAAGAAAGUCAGUGUUUCAAAUGACGCUUUUGUAAAAGCCAGACAGAAUAUCAGAGAUUGGUCUGCAGAACUGAACAUCCACCAGUCAAAUGUAAUGGAAAGCUCAACAACAUCAGGAGAUGUUGGCAUAGACUCUAAGGGAGAUAAAUCUUGUGUGACACCAAGUAAUAAGGACAUUUGUGAGGAUGUGAGCUUUUCUGGUGAUAACAAUGAAGUUAAAGAAGAAGAAUGGACAGUUCCAAAAUUAGGUAGUUUUGUUAACUCAUCAGGAAAAACAGCAAAAUCUGAUUCGGUGAAAAUUUCAGGAGAAGAAAAAAUACAGCAAGAAAAUACUGGAUUAUGUGUACAGAAUGACCAUUUUUCUCUUCAAGAAGUAAUGAAUUCUCAGUAUGAUUUUUCUCAGGAUGAAUCUAACAAUGAUGCUGAAGGAGUAUUGGGAGUAGAGGAGACAAAAUUUCAACAUUCUUCAGAAGAUGCAAAUGCCUUGAGGAAAAAUGUGAGCAUGUCUGAAAACGCUUUUAAACAUGGGAAGAAAACCAUGGAAGAUGUUGGAAAUUCUCCUUUCCAAAGUGCCUCAGGGAAAAAAGUCAGCAUAUCUGAAAAUGCUAUUGAACAUGCAAGGAAAACCAUGGAAGAUGUUGGCAGUUCACCAUUCCAAAGUGCUUCUGGGAAAAAAGUGAACAUAUCUGAAAAUGCCAUUAAACAUGUGCAACAAACCAUAAAAGAAGUUGUGAGUUCACCACUCCAAAGCACUUCAGACAAAAAAAGAAACUGUAUUGAUGAUGCCUUUCAACAUACAAAAAACAACAUGGAAGAAGUAGAAAACUCUCCUUUUCAAAGUGCUUCAGGUAAAAAGGUGAAUGUUUCUGAAAGUGCCCUUCAAAAUGCACGGAAAACUAUGGAGGAUAUAAGCAAUUUUCCUUUCAAAAGUGGCCCUGAAAAUGUACUGGACAUGCCUUCUGAGCCAAUGGAUGAAGUUAUAAAGAUAGUAAAAGAUAACUUGCCCACUGUAAUGAACAGGGAACCUAAAAUCAAUAUCGGAGAAAACUCUAUUUCUUUCAGCUCACCUUUUCAAACUGCUACAGGUAGUAAAAUCAGCAUUUCUGAAAGUUCACUACAACAUGUGAGAAAAACAACAGCAAAUCAGGAAAGUUCUUUUAAUGUUGCAAUUGAAGAUAGAAAAUCUUUGAACAGUGAUAUGCGCCCUUGUUCCGUAGAGAAAGCUGAACUUACAAAACUGGAUAAGGGACCUAGGUUAAGAUAUCAGAUAACAAAAGCAGUUUCUACUGUGAAAGAAAAGCAGUCUUCCCACAGUCUUUGUGAAGAAAACUUGAUAACACCUUCAAAGCAGAAACAGUAUAAGGGACCCAUUGCGCCAAGACCUUGCCAGCAGGGUUCAGGUUUUUCACCAUGUGUAAUGAGUAAUACAGAUAGACAAGUGUUCAUUGAAGGAAUGAACCACAGCCUAGAUGAGUUUUGUCAGCCAGACGAUUUCUUAGAGGAAAUGGAAGUCACACCCAAACGUAGGAGGGUAGAAGAAAAAGCUGGCAUUAGCAGAUCUGGAAUGGUGAAGCCAUUGAAGUGUGUCCCUGAGGCAUUCACAAGAGACAGACGGGGUACAAACUGUUCCUUCCGUGCUCGUCACAGUACAUCCACUCCAACCCAGGAGUCCGUCUCCAGAUCAGGUUUCUCGGUUUUGACUCCAUCAUCAAACAUAAAACCCCAGGCCCCUGUGAAGUCAUCCUUCCUGACCCCUUAUAAAAAACCUGACACCAGCAAAUCAGAUACUGAUGGCACCAAUCCUCAGACAUGUACAGCAACUCAGGCGGCUAAGAGAUCCACACCAAAAUUCAUACCGAAAUGUCUGUCUACACACCAGUCUAAUAUUGUGGAGUCCAAAACAUGUACUUCAGUACAGGAAAGUCCGUCUGAGAAUGAACAGGAAAAUAAAGAGGAGAAAUCGGUUAAACUUUAUAUGUUGGAGUUAUUAGAGGGUGCAAGAAAACAUCAAGCUGAAUUAUUAAAGGCCAAGGAGAAAAAUAAAAUCAGCCCAGAUCCAGGACGACUUUACACAGCAAAGAAAGGCAAAAUUAGACUAAAGAUGAGGGAUGUGAUCAAGCUACACACCAGAUACGUAGGCAGAUCUCAGCAGCACCAUCCAAGACACAAUGUUGGAAAGGUUGGGGCUGCCACAGCUGUACAACACAAGUUUUACCUGCCUGAUUUCUACACAAACUUCCAGGGAUACGUGUAUGUUGGUGACGGAGCCUAUCUCGUCCCUGAUGACAAACUUUAUGCUGGCAAGGAUGAGCUUUUCAGGGCCUUCAGUACCCUAGCGGGGGUGGACUGUCGAUUGAUCUCUGAUGUUUGGUUCUACAAUCACUAUCGAUGGCUGGUUUGGAAACUUGCCGCCUAUGAAGUAACUUCACCUCAAAAUUUUGCUGGGAGAGCUCUCACACCAGAGGUUAUCAUGCUUCAAAUGAAGUACAGGUACGACCGUGAAAUUGACAAUUGUCAAAGGUCAGCACUGAAGAAGAUAAUGGAGCGUGAUGAUACAAGCAGUAAGAGGAUGGUGCUGUGUGUUUGUGGGAUAAAUCAACCAUCACAGUCAGGCCAGACUGACAUCACCACCAAACAGGCUGACAGAGGGGAUAGACAGACAUCAGUUACCUCCAAACAGCCAUCAUCUAUCGACAAAUUGGACCCACAGGUUUGUGUAGAGCUGACAGACGGUUGGUACAGUAUAGCGGCCAGAUUAGAUGUUCCUCUGUCUGACCUGGUCAGUAAACACAGGAUACGUGUAGGAGACAAACUCUGUCUCAGCGGAGCAGAACUUCAGGGUCCUCAGGAAGCCUGUACACCACUUGAGGCACCAGCCUCACUGAUGUUGAAACUAUACACAAACUCAACUCGUCCUGCCCCUUGGGAUGCCAAGCUGGGAUACCAGAGUGAUCCUCGCCCCUUGUGUAUUUCCCUGUCAGGUCUGUAUGGCGAGGGAGGAUCCGUUGGCUGUUUAGAUGUAGUACUCGCCAGGAAAUAUCCCCAGAUGUACAUGGAAAAGCUCAGUGAGGGUGGAUGUGUGUUCAGAACUGGUCUUGCAGAGGACAAGUUUCAACACCAACACCAGCAGCACAGACAGGAAGAGAUGGAGAAACUUUAUGCCAAACUACAGAGAGAGUUUGAGUCGGAAGAUGCAGAGGAAAAGUGUAUAUCUAAAAAGAAAUGGACAAAAAGGGACGUUGAGCUGAUGCAGACUGGACAUGAGAUUUAUGAGGCUUAUUCCACGAGUAGACAGCCGGAUAUGAUAGAGGAAUAUUUGAGUGACAGACAGAGAGAUCUUCUAAUGGAACGUCGUCGUCAAGUCCAAGAUGAAAAACAACAGAAAUUACAUGCAGAAUUUCAGAAAACAUGGCAGAAAACCUCUGAAAGGACUGCCAUACCAUUGGUUAAGAUGAAGUUCGUUGGCUGUUCCAGGAAGGACAUGGAUUCCAAAGCAUCCACCACGGUGACAGUUUGGCGCCCUACACAAGAUGUGAUGGAGUUGACUGAGGGAACACGCUACAAGAUAUUUGGGUUGAAUGCCAGCUCAUCAAGAGCAAGAUUCAAGCAAUGUGACGUCCAGCUGACAGCCACCAGACAAACCAGAUUCAUGCCGGUCGCCAUUGACGAAAAUUUGCUGGACAUGGUCUAUGAACCAAGGGAGGUAUUGAAUGUGAGGGACAUAAAGUGUCGCCAGCCGCUGUACGGAGAAGCUGACUUUGUAGGAAUGGUUGUAUCUGUGUCCACACUGAAUUUUGCUGAGAGUGGGCGACACCAGGAUGUAGUCUAUGCUGUGGAUGUCAAUGGCUGUAUUCUGGGAAUCAAGUUCUGGGGUGGCCUAAAGAGUUUCUCCUUAGAAGAAGUGUUAUGCGAAGGUAGGUUGUUUUGUGCCAGUAACCUGAUGGAUAAGUCAGUGUACCGGUCGUCCAUCCUUCCUCUUCUGGAAGCUAACCUGGAGUGCUCGGCUGUCUCACAGACUUCUCAGUACCCAGCACAGAGGAGGGCCCUCGACAGACUCAAGUCUGUAUCAACGGGGACACAUGGAUUUCUGGAGACAGCUAAGGAACAUCUGUCGGCCCUACAACAGCAGAAGAAUGAAAACACAAAAAAGUUGACACCAGAAAAAAACCUGAAGCAAGGCACUCUAGACCCUCUCGACUUGGUCCUAAAAACUCCUGACGAAGGUAAACCAGUCCUAAAAACCCCAGACGAAGGUAGACCAUCCAAUCCUUCAACACAAUCUGUGGAGGAGGGCAGCAUGCCACCCGCCACCAGUAAUCGGGCAUACCAGGCGAGAAUGGCACGGCUGUUAAACUUCGGCUCACCAGCUCCUCUGUCUCCACUUGUGUCAAACACCAGUCGCUCUGUCAACAAAGUCUUUAAACCACCUGUACGGCGACGAAAAAGUCUGGGACCAAACCACUGAGAAGGUUUAAUAUCUGAAAACUUGCAUUUUAUCUGUGUCAUAGGAAUGGUUUAGUCACCUACACUGACAAAAAAGUCUGGAACCAAACCACUGAAAAGGUUUAAUAUUAAAAACUUGCAUUUUAAUUGUGUCAUAGGAAUGGUUUAGUCACCUACGCUGACAAAAAAGUCUGUGACCAAAGCCAGUAAGAAGAUUUAUUAUUUGAACAUUCAACUUGAUGUGAACAUUUUUUUCUCUCGUCUGUGCCAUAUGAAUGAUGUGAAGCCAUCUGUUUAAUGAGAGAAUAUUCUUUAACCAUUGAGAGGACUUGACAUGAAACUCUACUUAAUCUUUGUCAUAGUGAGAAGUACCCUCGGACUCAAUUUUGAAGAUGACAGACAUAAAGAAUCAUGUUGUAACUGAAAUAUCAGUGCAGAUUUAUCUUACUUAUGUUUUGGUAUUAAUAUGUGAUAGAGCUGCAUUUCAUAUCUCAGGGUAAUAUUGUCUUUUCUCCUGUUCAUUAAAAUUAAAUUUCCCAAACCAACAUUCUACUAAUGGACAUCAUCCAGGGAUUCCAUAUCUUGACAAAUUUAUUCAUUAAUCUUUAACAUACUUGAGACUCUUAUCCUCCCUUUUCUUACAUUUUAUUGCACAGCCAAAUGUCAGUUUAAUGCCUUAUACUGUAAUGUUAGAAGGGAGACAAUCACAAGCAUUUAUCUUUGUAAUUUCCCGAGUUGUGAAUUUAGUAGAUGACAUAAUUAAUGAUUUCUUACAAAGAAAAUAUCUGGUGCUUUUAUUGUUGAAAGUGGUUUUUUUUUGUUUUUUUUUACUGAUGUUCUUUCUGUGAAAUAAUUAACAAAUAAAUUGUUAUGUUUGUUAUAGUU